CUGCCCCUAACAAAGAUGGCGUCCUACUCUGUCCUACACCGCCCCUUGGAGCUAUCAAAUACCAGACCAUCUUUCACUUUCGGGUCACUGUUGAUGGGAGAUGGCGCCGAUUCCGAAGACGGUGGGGCGGAUAAAGUUAGACUGCCCUCUGCGGCCUGGCUGCCCGCUGGGGGUCGCUGCUGUCCCCAAACUCUGCCAGGAAUUCGGUCCUGAAGACUACGGCGCUGAGGACAUAGUGGAUUUUCUUCGACGGCUUAUGGAGAGUGACCCCCAGGGCCUGCACCAGAUCCAUGUGGACGGGAGCAGCGGGCGGCUACGGCUGCAGCACCAUGGUGGGGCGUGCAGGGGCCGGACCCAGGGAUCGAGGCUGGUACCCUGGGGAGGGCUGGCCCUCAGAUGCUCUUCUCUCUCAUAUAGUUUUUUCUUUCCCUUCUCCCUGUCCCUCCUGACAGAUUACCUCCUGGACCAUUUCUGUGACGAGGGGAAAACUCCUGAACAGAGUGACAUGGCCAAGGGGGUUAAGGGACUGGGCACCUACUGUGGUCUCCGAAAGUCCUUCCUCUAUCCUCCCCAAAGGUCUGAGCCCUGUCCUAGUCCCUCUGCCUCCGUCCCUGGUGGCUCAGACAGCCUACUUCAGGUGGCCAUGCCCCAGAAGCUCCUGCUGACUGAAGAGGAAGCCAACCACCUGGCUGAGGAGCUGGUAGCUGAAGAGGAGCGCAUGAAACAGAAAGCAGAGAAGAAACGACUCAAGAAGAAGCGUCAAAAGGAUCGCAAGCGACAGGAGCGCUUGGAGCAGGAGUGUGGGGAGCCCAAGGUCAAGACCACCCCAGAUGGGGAUGGGAGCCCCCCAUCCAGCCCCGGCAACCCUCCUCAGGGACAGUGUGGUGAGGAAGAGGACUCACUGGAUCUGUCUAGCACUUUCGUGUCUCUGGCUUUGCGCAAGGUUGGGGAUUGGCCUCCCAGUGCCCGCAGAGAGAAGGGACUGAGCCAGGAGCCUCGAGGCAAAAGCCGGAGCCCCCAAGAGAAGAUGGGCCAGGAGGAAGGGAGCUCUCCAAUAGAAGAGAGCCCCAGGCAGAGUCCUAAGGCAGAGGGUAGUUUCUUCUGCAGGAAGGCAUCUCCGGGACUGCUGGCAGCUGCCUUACAGCAGAGCCAGGAGCUGGCAACUUUGGGUACCAGCUUUGCCCAGAAUGGUUUCUACCACAAAGCUGUGGUUCUGUUCACUCAGGCUUUGAAGCUCAACCCCCGGGAUCAUCGGUUAUUUGGAAACCGCUCUUUCUGCCAUGAGCGUCUGGGUCAGCCCAUGUGGGCCCUGGCCGAUGCCCAGGUGGCCCUUACCCUGCGACCUGGUUGGCCCCGGGGCCUCUUCCGCCUGGGCAAGGCCCUGAUGGGACUGCAGCGUUUUGAGGAGGCAGCUGCUGUGUUCCAGGAGACCCUGAGAGGCGGCUCACAGCCUGAUGCAGCCCGGGAGCUCCACUCUUGCCUUCUGCACCUCGCUCUGGUACGGGAACUGGGCCCACUGGCGCGCCGAGAGGGGGCAGCAGGAGAACGGGCUGGGAUCUCCACAGCGAGCGCUGCUCCCUUCUGCCUCCACCGCAGGUGCCCCCUCUCUCCCUUCUCAGCAGGGUCAGCGAGGAGGAAUCCGGGCGCCACAUCUGUCAACUGGGUUCCCGCAGCCAUUUUCCCAUGCUGGGCCGGGCACCUCAAGCCUCCUGUCUGUCAGCCCCCUUCCAAGCACGGCUGUGAGAGCCGCUGGCCUUCUGUCUCCACCCCUGCAUUAUCCCCCGUGUCACCUGAGCCACUCCAACUCGCCCCUCCCCCAGACUCAGAGUAGAAGACCCCGCCCUCUCCAUCUCCAGGGCUCUGGUAUCCUGGAACUUCAGCCCCAGCAUCUACCUCAGGCCAGAUGAUGGAGGACCUGUCCCUCAUAGGACAAGGCCAUGUGUGCAUCCCCCAGUUGCCUGCAUAUCUUGAGACCUUGUAGUCUAAAACCAUAAUUAAAGAUAGCCCUGGUGGCCAUUCCUCUUGCUACAGAGACCUGAUAACAGAAAGGAGCCCCAUGUCCACUGAAACAACCUUUCUUUGAUUCUGAAGCCGAUGGCUUUCUCUGGGGGCAGUAAGGAAAAGUAAAAUCCACCAAGGCUAAGGGGGGAACUGUACAGAAGUUCAGAUUUUCAGACUAUAACAGGCUCAGAAGGGAGCAUGUGGGGCUUGCUCUGCUUCUUGGCCCUGGGGGACUCAUUCACCAGCCAGAGCUCUAUGCUCGGAACGGGGUCAGGUGAUGAAUGAGGCCUCAGUCCCACCCUUCACCUUGAUAGAUGCUCACGUCUUCCUGAGCCCAGCUCUCACCGUGUUUCUUCUAGCUCCAGCCCCUCAUGCCUUGUUUCCUGUCAUUUGGUACAUAUUCUGUCUUCUCCUUUGCCCAAUUGUCUCACCUCUCCAACUGCUAGAGGAUUCACCCGGGUUUGCAUUUGGGAAGUCCCUUACCAGCUCCUGCCUGGAGCUGCCAGGGCUCACACAUCUCCACAUUCCCCACUGCAGGCCCUCCUGCUGAUGGGACCUCAGCAGGCACCCAGGCUGCUGCUUCUGUGGCUGUGCUCUCUCUCCACUGAGCACUGGGCAUUGUAAUGAGCGAUUCCCCAUGUCAGUUUACUCAGUAUUUCUACCAGGGGUCACUGCCCCCGAAGAAGGCUGUCAUUCCCUACUUCCCAUGUAAGAAUCAUGGUCUUGUGGUUUCUUCUCUAAGAUCCUGGCAGCUGCCCCUGGCUGCUUCCUCCCUAACCCUGCCGGGGACUCUAAGCUCAUUGAAAUGUGGAUGUGCAAGGGACUCUUGGGUCUCCCAGAAUGCCUUGCCCCAAGGAACCAUUCAUCAGGAUAAAUGAUUCUUGCUGCCUGAUGGUCUUGCUCAACACCAUUCACACCUGUAUAGGAGAUGUUGAAAAACCUUCUUUAUAUAGGGCUUUCCCAAAUUCUUUUUGUUUAUGGAGCAGGCUCCUUAAAUACUGUAUAGCAGAAUGAAGUCUGCCAUCACAAGUUGGGUCACCUUGGGCAGUUCUCUCAACAUCUGUGCCUCAGGUCCCUCAUCUGUAAAAUGGGGGCAAUCCCUACCUCACAGGACUGUUGCGAGGACUGGAAGUCAAAGUGUGAAAAAAUACCUACUAAGUGCCUGGUACACAAUGGGUGCUAAAUAAACUGGUUUUUAUCUGCAA